AUGAUUGGUCCACAGGUACAGUGUAUACAUGAUUUACUUAACUCUUGAGCUCCCAAGGUCUGUUAGUUAAUUCUCCCCUCUAAACACAUUUCCUUGUAAAAUAAUAAGGAUAAUUUGGUAUUAGAUUAAGAUGACAAAUUCUACCUGAUAACUUUGAGUGUUCUCAUUAACUGUUUGCUGCAUAAUGUAUGGAUAUCGUAGGGAGAAGUUACAUGUUAAUCACUUCUGGGAGUUAAAAGGUUAAGUAUUUUUCCUACAAGUGACCAAGACAGAAUUUCUCCUUACAAUAUCAAUACAAUAUCAAGCAGGUAGGUGAUGAGAAUAGAGAAGAAUAUCAAUCAUGGGAUUAUUAGUUGAUCCAAUACCAAAUUCUCUGAACUAACAUCAUAAGAAUUGUAUGGGAGAUAGUAAGGAGAAUUACUAACUAGAUCUUGGGAGUGAAAGGGUUAAUUUACUCCCAAGAUCUGAUUGUCAAUUUUCCCCCCCUAGCUGCUACACAUUUCCUUGUACAUUGAUCGCAAGAAUUUGGUGUUAGAUUAAGAUAGCAACUUAUACCUGAUAAUUUUGAGUAUUCUCAUUACCUGUUUGCUAGAUAAGGUGUAGAUAUUACAGGGAGAAGUAACUUGUCAAUCACCUCUGGGCAUAAAAGGUUUAAUAUACAUGUAAAAGCAACCAUAAAAGCAUUAUAGUAAAUAGCAGCCAGGUAGAGCAGUUUACAGCUACUUUCAACCUUUAACCCCUAAGAAGACUAGCAUCUAAUUUCUCCUUACAAUAUCACCACUGAAUCAUAUAUUAAUGUCAUGAGAAUAAAGGAAAUGAUCUCCAACUAAGGAAACACUUGAUUGUUUGACAAAUUCUCCUUGUCAGCGCCUUAGUAAAUGUACAGAGAACAGUACGGAGAAUAUGAAUUCUGAUGUUAGGGUGUAAAGGGUUAAAACCUCUUACCCCUUUCUGUUUAGCCUACUAGCAGGCUCUUGUGGUAAGGUUUAACCUUACAGUCCCUUUGGCAGACACAGCUGUCUAAUAAUUACACUUAAGGUAAAUUGGAACCUUUGUCCCUUGGAGAAUUAUGUGCAGACUGUUUGAAGGCUCUUGUGUCAGAAAUUUGGGAUGCACUGCUCUUAAAAGCUUUCAAUGAUAAACAAUGUUGUUGAAGUCACCCAAGUCACCUGUUACUUGCUUUUGGAAAGAAAACAAAAGGCUGUACAUUACUUUUGGUUUUUAAAUCAGUUAGUUUGGCCCAAAACAGUGAAUGUGCACCUCUACAGUUUCCAACCACAGUUACAAGUUACCUUUCAGCAAUUAAUGUAUUUCUUAGUUCAAUUCACCUCUGUGGUCUUUAUGAUAUUAAUGUAAAACUAUGUCUUUUAUUUUCAGAGUUGUACAUGUACAAGGCCACAUUGUGUUCACCUUCUUUUUGUGAUGCUUAGAGUCUUCAAACUCAAAGAAAAUGAUCCUCUUUUAUGGACUCAAAAAUUGAAGAACUUUGAGGUACAAAUUAAAGGUUAUAAUCUUGCCCAUCAAGACAUUGUGGUUCAAACUGUAGCAACUGUUUCUUUCUUUACACAAGGGAAAUCUAGAUGGAAGCUUGAAAUUUUUUCCUACAAGAGGCUAAUUUUGUGGGAAAAAAUAAGGCCCCAUGUUAGGAGAAUUUUACUUUGCUUUUAGAACUCAUCAGUAUUAUGCCAAAAUGAAAUUGAUAUGAGCACUACUUUUUCGAACUUGUGAUGUGAACUUAACAGCUUUAGCUCUUCAGAAUGAAGGUUGGUUUAAGUGAGGUUGAUUUAAGCUUUUGUUCUACUCCAAAUUAUCGCUAGGUGGAGAAGUUGCUCUCCAAGUUCCAUGCUCGAGUGAAGUCACGUUUACAAAAGGACAUGAAUGCACAGAAAACAUCUCGAGCCAAGGGCCAGAGAAGCACACCACCAACAACACCUUGUACAAACAGUUUGGGAGGGUUACCCCAGGCACGUGAAGAUGAAGAGGUGUGCCCAAUUUGCUUAUUGGAAAUGGUGGAAGGGGAAAGUUUGACAAGUUGCCAAGAUGGUUGUCAUAACAGACUUCAUCAGCAUUGUAUGGAAAUAUGUAAGUUGGGCUCAGAUAGUCAAAUUAAUCAAAUGAAUGUAUAGGUUUACAAGUUUUCAACAUUAUAUCAAAGCAAAGAUGAAGACAGCUUAUUGAAAUUUACACAUGGAAGGUUAAUGAACAAAAUUUUGUUAACAGGGGCAUUAAUAACAAUGAAUGGAAAUUUUAAUUCAUGAUUAAUGAAAUCAAAGUAAGUGUAAUAAUUUCAUGAAAUAUUAUUUAUGCUCAGGUGUUUUCUUUUCUAAACAUUUACCUCUUUUCCUGGACUGCCUGAGUAUUAUUAGCCUCAAGAUGUUUUGUUAAUCUGCAAAACUGUUUAUUCUUAAGAGAGAAUGGUUUUAUUAGCAUCUUGUUGAGAUAAUGCUGAAACUACCCAGGGAUAAUCUGUAACAGUGUGGGGAGGUUGGCCCAUAGCCCAAAUUAAAUAGGGUAAUUUAGUGUUAUUAACUGAGUUGCUAAGAUUAAUUGGCCACUGUGAAGAGUUUCAAAGCUGACAUUCUGAGCGUUAGGCUUUUGACAUUUGCCCAGACAAAGGGCUAACUCUCAAAAUGUUGGCUCCGAAGCUCUUUACAGUGGCCAAUUUACAUUAUCAACUUAAUUGAUAAUACUAAAUUACGUUGCUAUACUCUACCACUGAUGUAGCACAACAGUUUCUUUGGAAAGUUACCCCCUUUAUUCACCAAUCUUAAACACUUUGACAGGGGCUGCUGAAUGUAAGAGACAGCGAGAGGCAUUGUUUUGUCCACUCUGUCGCAAGAUUUGGUCAUCACCUUCAAAUAUCUGUAGCCCUAAAAGGUAUCACUGGUGUUUUCACUUUCAAUUUUUAUUUUCAUUUUUUGAGACAUAACACCUCAGGAUAGUCAGCUACACUGUAAUAUGUUUUCAUAAGUCCUACAACAUCAGCACAGAAUCCACGAUAUAGCUGGAGAAAGGGGUGGCCUGACAUUUGUAGCAAGACUCCUGGUUACAUCAGCCUUCCCAAUUGUACCACAGUGCUUAUGACUGUUCUUGGCUGCAGUACUUUCUAUUUCCUUGUUUGUGCCCUUCAUGAACACGGAAUAAAAUGAGUUCUGCUUUUCUUAUAUCAAUCUUUUCACUCCUUUGAUUUAUGAAAAAGGAAUUUCUUCCAACAAUAUAAGUAAAUUUACAACAAUAAAGUUGAUGAGAAAAAGCAAAAAUUAUAUCAAGUAUGGGAUAUUUUUUGAUUCAACUGGCAGUUCUCUGAGCACAAACAAUAGAUUGAUAGGAUGUAAUUCAAAGAGUACAGAAAACUGAUACUUACAUAUAGAGAGAUAAAUUCUCUAGAAUAAGAUUUGUUAUAAAUGUUUUCAUUAUAACUGUCAUCGUUGUAAGUACUCACUGUAACAAUUUUUGUCUUCACUAGAUCUCCAGAUCACAGUAUACGAUCCGAACUACCCAGUGUACCUGCACCCUUAGGCCCUGAGGAAAUCACACUACCACACUCAAACCCAGUACCAGCAGCACAGGUGGAACUGGCCAAACCAUGGAUUGAGGUAAUUGGGAAACAGAUUGAGUUGGCUAGAUUCUUCUUCUACAAAUAGGAAAUUAUUUUAUAUUCUGGUCAUUCACUCCCAAUUUCUUCAUGGUAAUUUUUUUAACUGUCUCCUUACUGCGUUUGGUCUUGGACCAAAUAAUGAUAUCCUAGUUCAUAUAUUUCUCUAUUUUCAUCUGUUUACUAGUUGAUGUUAUAAAUGUUACUUCAGACUCGAAACAGUUACAAGUGUCAGACACAGCCAUUGAAAUAGUCUUUUACCACAGAACUAUGUACAUGUCACUCUCACAAAGACAUCAUACUAAACCAUAAAAAAUUGUCCUUUACUACAGAACUAUGUACAUGUCACUCCCACAAAGACAUCAUAGUAGACCAUGUAAAAUUGACGAAAAACUGAAACACUCUGGCGUGACCCCUUUUGGCAUACAUGUAAUCUCACAUCUCUUUUUUUUCCUCAUACCUGUAGGCAUUUGGUGAAAAUCUUGUGUGCUGUUUGUUCUCACGUGAAUGGAAUGUGAGAGAGACAGCUCUUCGCCGUUUAAGUAAAGACAUAAACACAAUAUUUAUGGAAGGAAGUAGCUCUCAAAACAUGACAGCCUUUGAAGCUUGCUGUUCUCUGCUGUCCAUGAUGUGUGGGGACCCUGUGUACCGAGUGUAUGUGGCUGCUCUGGUAUGUAUUUUUACUAUCUUUUUGCACGUGUCUUCGAAAGUGUUAAAUUGAUUGCUCUAAGAACUUUUUCAAGGAAAAUGUGUGGAAUACAUACCUCUUACUAACUGAAUUUGAGGUCUGUCCUGUAAAUUAUGGACCGAGUUUUUCCUUUGGAUUGAAAGCCCAAGCGCGUAGCUUACGGUAUGGACUAGGAAAGCGAGGUUUGUAAGAUAUUCAAGUAGGGGGGGGGAGAUUCCGGGACGAGUAUCAUAUAUGAACUUCGUAAUGGGCCUUACUCACCAUAGAGUUUCUGUGGCUCAGUGGUAGAGCAUUGCAGCGCGGAAUCUGAAGGUCUGAGGCUCGAUUCCUGACGGGAACUCAGAAUUUUUACUUUGUCCCACGCUCGUGACAAGACGAAAAAAUAUCUUGUCCAAGAUUUCAAUUCGAAAAAACUUUUAAAGUUAGUGGGCCAUACAUUGAAAUACGGCCCGCUAAAAUGACCAAUCAAAGCGCACAUACUGACCGAGAAUUAUUAGUUAUAAAAUCAUUUCUUUCUGUUCAAUUUUUUUUAUAAUUUUUCAGAGAACUCUCCGUGUAUUGGUGAUGCAUAUGUCUUACUCAAACCAGCAAGAGAAACAUCAUCUUCAGAAAUGUUUGUUUGACGUAAUUGAAGCUGUUUUAGCCAAGUGUGCGGACUCCAACAGGUAAUUUUUUUUUGGUGGGAACAUAAGAUUUCAAAAUUCUCCGCGACACAUCCCGUAUGAUUUGCUUUCUUAAAAUUUGGUGCAAAAUCAAUCAAUAUCCCCACUUGAUAUGUAAACAAUAUAAAAUUUUGAGGAUAAUGAACACAGCAACCUCUAGUUGGCGCGAAAAUGUGCUCAGAUAUUUUUCAGCGGACAUUACAUGGUAUCUAUUCCAAUAGCGAAGUUCAACGUAAACUGUAAGCCUCGUGGAACAGAUUAUGUCCGAGGACAAAUAUCCGAACAUAUUUCCAUGUCAACUGGAGGUUACUGUGUUCAGUAUCCUCUAAAUAUUAUGAUUGCAUUCGCUGCGUGAGCUGCUCACUUUUCAGUGUUCACUGAUACGACUUUACGAACAAACAAGUAUGUUUCGUUCAUUAAUCUCAAACAAAAUUUUGAAGAAACAAUUUUUUUUGUAGAGGACGCAAGAUUUGAAAAGAAGGGAAUAUUACUUGGGGAUUAUCACCAAAUUCUUGUAACUAAUCGACAAGGAAACGUGUAGCAGUUAGAGAAUUAAUAAUCAGAUCUUGGGGAGUUAAGUGGUUGAUUCAUUAAAAUUUUGGGUUUCUGUAUCACUGCAGGCGUAUUAGUGCAUUGUCAAUCCAAGUUCUUUUGGAACUCUGCAAGGAUGAGAAUGGGGAUUUGGCAUUAGGCAAGAUGCUCGGCGCUGAACAUGUGCCUCAGCCUCUGGGAGGUUUUAACUUCAUUUUAUCCUGCAUACUAAGGACUGCAGCUGAAUAUUCAACUUGGCCGUGGUGGCUUGGGCGGCUGAUGUUUCUGCGGAAGUUAAUGGAGGAGUAUGUCACGGAGUUUGAGCUUUCAGAUGAUUGUGUUUCUGUUCAAAUGGACACAGCUGGUGUUCUUGUUCAAGGCAGAGGGAACAAUGCCUCUGAAGACCCAAGUGAAAUUUACCAAAGUAAUGUCCGCCGGCUGAUGUCAGUGUUGAAGUUUACCAUGCAAGCAGCAAACUGUUCCCAUAGCAAAGUCGGCAAACUGGCCAUUGCUGUUCUUACUUGUUGUAUGUCAUUAUCUUCUUGUGUACCCUCAGCUCAACAACACAUUAAGAAAGUGGUUUCCAAACUGAAGCCCUCUCAACGCAGUUCGCUUAAUCGUCAGCUUCAAGCGAUUCCUAGGGCUAGUGUGACUACAGUGAGUCGCAGUGAUUCUGUUUUUACUUAUGAAUCGCAAACAAGUAUGGAUCCGCCGUCUUCUACUUCCAGUAACCGGGACUCAGCCAUCGGCAGCUUGCCUUCAGCCAUGUCUGAUGACGAGGCAGAUAAUUUUUCAGAGUCAGAGCUUCUUCAGGCUAUUGUAGACAACUUCGAGAGACCACAGUCCUUGUGUCUAUCGCCUUCAUUUACCUUCUCCCCCAAUGAGGAGGUUAAUCUUGAUUGGUCCAGAUCUCUGGAGGACUCCCCAAGAAUGCCCCCAGUGAAGCUGGCUGUUGGUAAGAAGUGCCAGGAGAUCAUCGCACAGGAAGAAGCAGAAGCUAUGGCUAAAGCUAUGGCUGUCUCUUCUCUAGACUCUGGGCCUUCCAGGAUACCAAGCUUGGAUUCAGGUGAUGAGAUGGUCAUCAUCUUUACUCAGCCAGAGGUGUGUUAGUCUUAAAAUUUUACUCUUUUGAGCACUUUUCAUUUGAAUGUCGUGACACCAAAACCUUCUUAGCAAUCAGAUUGGUGGUUGACAUGAAAGAGCAGCAAUUGAGUUUCGAAAAACUAAAACCAAACUAAUCCCAACGACCAAUCAGAAUCAUAAGUUUACAUAGUCAUUAGCCAAUGAGAACUCGAAGUGAAAAUGAGCAAACUUCCUGAAACGCGGGAAAACGCGGGCGACCAAGUCGCGAUUGUCUUUAAUUUUGCAUCUGAUUGGUUGAGAUGAUGGUGCCAGUUUUCUGGACCAAUCACAGAGCAAAGUGUUGUAAACCCAAUGCAAUCCUGGACUUCUUUCGAAGCUCAAUUGAAGAGGGCUUUAAGGUAAAAAAUGAUAACUCAAAGAAAAAGUACAAAAGUGACUGAGGGUUGGAAGGAAGUUUUAGUCUGUGUGUUGAUAGGGUAAGGAAAUGUUUCGAGAGCAAUCAGAGAGCUUGGUUAAAUCAAUCCAAGACAAUCUCGGAUGGACGUUUACCCACAAGUACAUGUUUCUCAGCAAAAUAUCGCACGAUUGAAAUAAUUAAUUAUAAUGUAACGUCCACUUUGGUUUAUUUUCGUAAUUUUUAGGGAACAAAAUUUAUUUUGAAAUUGAUAGUCGUUUCGUUUAGUGUAGAAAAGAUUUGCUUUCGCCACGGCAAAAAUUAUGAACAUAACGGCAAAAGUUUGUGACCAUCACGGUAACCACAUGCGAGAGGUGGCAAGCGAGAAGCUUUCUCCUCAGUGGUAUAUCAGCUCGAUUCAUCAGUAAUUAUCUCUCGUUUCUAGGGAUCUAUCAGAGAUGAAAAAGUGCAACUUAAGAGAUCGCAAUCUUUUUUUUGAGUUUGGGAAGAGAUUCUCUUCCUAUAGUAAAUUGUUGAUGUCACAUUUCCUUUUGAAGAUUUAGACUUCACUUUUGUCUCAUCUGUUUUGCAGUCUCUGGAAAAGGCAGUCAAUUCUAAACACCUUUAUCUGGAGGGAGUUCAUUGGAAGAAAGGGGAACUGUUAGGGACUGGGGCCUAUUCAUCUUGCUAUGCUGUCAGAGAUCUUAUGAAUGGGUCCCUUAUGGCUGUCAAACAGGUACAUUUACUCUAAUCUCUUGAUUGAAGUCAAAAUUCUCCCUUGUAGCUGUCAUUCAUCUCCUUGGGAAUUCGUUAAGAGAAUUUGGUGAGCUCUGCGACUUUUCCUUCAAGACCAUACAAUUCUUCUGCUUCAGAGUAGUUUUCAGUCGAGUGUCGAAAAGCCAAAACCAACGUAAUCACAGCGACCAACCAGAAUAAAGGUUUACAUCAUCAUCAGCCAAUGAGAACUCAGAGUGUAAACGGGGAAACCGCUUGAAGCCCGGGAAAAAGGCCGGUGACCGAGUAGCGAUUGUUGUAGUUUUGCAUCUGAUUGGUUGAAAGGAUGGUGCGAGUUUUCUGGACCAAUCACAGAGAAAAAUUAAGUAACGCAAUCUCAACGCUCAAUUGAAAAUUGCUUAAUCCUUUAUCACUAGGUUUCCUUUUGCCGCAAUUCAGUGGAAGAUCAGACCAAGGUUACACAGACCAUUGAGGAUGAGAUCUCUCUGUUAGGAAGACUACAGCAUCCACAUCUGAUUAAAUGCCUCGGUGCAACGAAACACGCUGGACACUUCAACAUCUUCCUGGAGUGGAUGGCUGGUAAAUUUUGUUAUUUUGAUUUUCAUUUAGCCCCGCGUCAGGUGACAAUCUCGUUGUGUUAGAGAGUGCCUUGUCCCUUCUCCCCAGAACUUACUGAUUAACACUCUCCCAGGGUUAAAUUUUAAUCCAGGUGUUUUUUAUUACAUUAUUCGAAAGCCUUUUUCGAAUAAUUUUCUCUUUAACUGGGCCCAGGGUUCUUAUCCUAGGCUAUAUUAGUGAAUUGUGUUCACGGGCAAAACACCCUGAUUUCACAGAACCUCUCUCCACCCAGGAGUAUAAAUGGGUAGCGGCAAAUUGUUAAGGAAACCUUACGAAAUGUGGAGAGAUGGGGAUAACCCGCUAGUGAAAGGAUGCAGCCAGCUGCUCCAUGAGGAAAGGAAAGUGUUUUUUAGCUUCAUCUCAUGGAAACCAGGUUAAACGCCAGUGAUAUGGGUCACUGGGCUGCUGUACAGACUUUUCCAAUGAUUGGGGGAGUGGGGAGUGGCGAUAUAGGGUAUUGAGUGGUUUGCGUUUCGUCCCACUCCUCUCGCGGCUUUGCCACUCGCUGUCUACGCUUAGUCGCCUGACGCUUUAAAGCGCACUGAAAACCGCUAGUGACACAGGCUGGGUAUUGGGGUAAGAAAGUCUGUAGGACCUGGACAACUGAUGGGUGUUGCACUACUCUCUGACCUCUUUUCUCUUGCCAUGUUUUCUUGUAGGUGGAUCAAUCACAAAGCUUCUUACAAAGUAUGGGCCGUUUGAUGAGAAGAUUGUGAUCAGUUAUACGAGGCAGAUUCUUCAGGGAGUGGGAUACUUGCAUCAAAAUCAAGUCAUUCACAGAGAUAUUAAAGGUGAAUGAACAGGAUCAAACUAAUGAUGACCUCAUCAAAACCAUGGAAAUAACCGAGGCCAAUCAGAACAACAGCUGUGAUUGCUUAACCCUUAAACUCCUAAGAUCGGAUUGCUAAUUCUCCCUUCUAACUGCUAUACAUUUCCCUGUCAAUUAGUUGUAAGAAUUUGUUGUUAGAUCAACAUAACUUUUACCCAAUAACUCUGAGUAUUCUCAUUACCCCUUUGUUGGAUAAUGUAUGAAUCUCAUAGGGAGAAGUUACAGGUUAAUCACUUCUGUGUAAGAUUAGAACCGACACACGAUGAAAAAUCGCUCAUAGGCGAUGCUUCUUUUCAAGCUACUGGAAGUUAACACCUCUGCCCUCGGAAGGCUGCUACAGAGAGGUUUUUAGUACUUUUUCACAGAACGAGAAGUUAGACGUUAUCUUUGCCAGAUUUUUUGCUGUUAACUUGUAUACUUCUCUUACAGUUCUCGUGUCUCAUGAACUGUUAUGAUUUUUUUUGGUGACAUAGGAGCAAACAUCUUGGUGGAUUCAACAGGCAAGAACAUUAGAAUAGCCGACUUUGGUGCUGCGGCAAGAUUAGCAACACAGUUAACAGGAGCUGGCGAAUUUCAAGGCCAGUUGCUUGGAACAGUCGCAUUUAUGGCUCCUGAGGUAUGUGUGUUCGACAAACUUGAUUGAAGUUGUUCAGCUUUGGUAAUAGGUAAUAAAUGGGUAAGUCUUAAAAGAAACUGUGGUGCUGCGUCGGUGGGGGUUUUUACAAGAUCAUCUUAGUUUUAUCAACUUAGUUGAUUCUAUAAAUAUGCCGCCGUAUAGAGUUUCAUAAGUUGACGUUUCGAGCGUUAGUCCUUCGUCAUAGCGACGAAUUUUAAGGAUCUUAAUUCCAACAAGCUCUUGGGAGAAAAAACUCUCAACUUCUGGCUACCGUCAGCGCUUCAAUGAUGUAUUUGCCUUAGUUUCCGAUUUGCUUUAAGGAAGAUCGUAAUUUUGAAUUAUUUACCAAGGGUAGAUUAUAAUUCUGAAUUGUUUACCUGUUGUCUUCCUUCAAGGUCCUACGUGGAGAGAGCUAUGGACGAAGCUGUGAUGUGUGGAGCGUGGGAUGUGUUGUCAUAGAAAUGGUUACUGGAAAACCGCCAUGGAACGCACAUGAACAUUCAAAUCACUUGGCUCUUAUCUUUAAGGUAGGACGACGUCAUACAGAACUAUGUAGUUCAUGCGCAUGCGCAUCUGAAACACCCUUUUGUAACGUUGUUAUCCAUUGCUAUGAAGUUAUACCUUCAUCUUAGCUUGCUCGUUUGUCUUGGAGCAAUUUUCAAACGAGAGUCGAAUUUAAUCCGGGAUUGCAUGUUUUGGCUUUGCUACGCGCUAUGAUUGAUCAAGGAAACUCGCGCCAUCCUGUCAACCAAUCAGAUGCAAAAGUGAAAACAAUCGCGUCUUGGUCAUUCGCGUCUUCCCGUGUUUCAAACAAUUUGUUUCACUUUGAGUUAUUAUGGGAGAACCGCUUGUGUGUUUUUUGGGACAUACCUUGAUCAUCAUUGUCUUUUUUUUUCUCAGAUCGCAAUGGCCGAGUCCCCACCCGACAUACCAGAGAGCCUUGACCCAGCUCUUCGAGAUGUGCUCCUGAGGUGUUUUGAAUCAAAGCUAGACGAGAGACCGUCUGCUACGGAACUCCUUAGACAUCCACUCUUUACUCAAAUGUGAAAGGAAGUUAGCUACCAGCAUUUUUUUUUCUUUAAACUUAGUCAACUUGAAUUACUCAAGUGGAGCUGUAAGCUUCAUUAACGCUGCGCACUCGGACAUAAGCCCGACUUGUGACCGAGUCGUUUCACUUGAUCCCGAAUUAGUUAAAAUCUUCCGGAAGGUCAUAACGUUAUGUGUGACGUUAGCAUGUCUGAAUGCAGAGGGGCAGAGUUGGAUCCAGGAAUUUUUGAUUGAGGGAUUUGAUCUUUGAUUCAUUUUUUUUUCUUACACAAGAGCCUGAUUAAGUGAGAUAAAUGUUUCAACCUUGGAAAUUUAGCAGUAAUAUGCCAUCCUGUCGUUGGAGGAAUCAUAGUUUCAGAUAAGAAGUAAAAGUACCCACAGUUCUUAUGGGAGGGGGUCCGCCCCCCCCCCCCUUCCCCUCCUGACCUUCCCCCUGGAUCCACCUCUGUUUACGUUUGCCGAAGGACGUUUUUUUAAAUGUUCAUAUUCGUUAAUAUUCGUACAAGAGCGAGAGCAAGGAAAAAAAAAAAAAACAAGAUAACAUUCAUGAAGUAAAGCCACCUCAACUUUUUCCCUUCAACUUCUACUUUCAGCAACCGUAUCACAAUUUAAAUCGAACUCCCAAAGCCUGAUUAGCUUUUACAUUCUUACCAGCCGUUUUUAGGAGAAUCUACUUUUAUAGUGGGGAGAUGUUGAAUUUUAAUCACUUGAUGAUUUGAAAGAUUCAUCAAAAGACAAUUUUUUUAAGGUUCUUACCGAAAAUUUUAUUCUGAUGAUACUUUCAUAGAUUGUACAGUUUUUCUUCCUCAACGAACUUUCGUGUGGGUGGUUUUUCCUUCUCCCCAACUGAUUUGUACAUAUCUUAAUCAGAUUUCUAUAGCCAGCAUCCGUGAUGUUUAACAAGUAGUUUUAAAAACUCCAUCUUAAAGAUCCAAAAUCUCAGCCGUUUGUAUUUUACAGUACGUUUUUAGGAAAACCAAAAUUAGUUGAAAUUAUAUGUAACAUUAUAUUAGUCAUUCCCAAUGGCAGACUGCAAGUUUUUUUUGUCAGCGGUAGAUCGCCAAUGCAACGAAGGUGUUGUGUAACAUUGUUUCAAGAAACAGUUGCUUUCUUCCUUGAACAAUUCAUACAUUUUAAGGAAUACGUAGAACGGUUUGCUUGAAACAUGACUU